AUGUCGCUCACGGUGGAGCUGUUCGAUCUACCGGCGCACCAGUUUCGGGUGUUUUGGGGCGCUUCCGGUAGCAUGUGGCAAUCGCUGUGGGACCGCUUCCUGGACAUCACCGGUGAUAAUCCACUCGCCCUUUGGACCGUCGGGUCGUACGUGUACACUUCGCUGAUCUACUGGAGUAUUGGGCUCGGCUACACGCUGUUUGAUGUUACCGGACGGCCGGGGUUUAUGCGCCGCUACAAAGUGCAACCCGGCACGAAUGAACCGGUCGAUCCGGCCCGGCUGCGGACCGUCAUCCGACAGGUGCUGUUCAAUCAAUUCUUCACCGGGUUUCCGCUACUCUUUCUCAUGUACUAUCUGUUGCCGGCGCAAACGCACGCAACCAUCCGCGAGCUGCCAACGUUCGUGACGGUCGUGUGGCAGCUGGCCGUGUGCAUACUGAUCGAGGAGGUGAUGUUUUACUACAGCCACCGGUUGCUACACGAUGGCCGUAUCUACCGGUACAUCCACAAGCGACACCAUGAAUGGACGGCCCCGAUCGCGAUCACAGCGAUGUACGCGCACCCGAUCGAGAACGUGCUGAGCAAUCUGCUACCGAUAGCGGUCGGUGUGUGGACUACCGGCUGCCAUGUUUCCGUGGCGUGGCUCUGGUUUACCAUUGCGAUUUCAAACACGCUGCACGUACAUUCCGGAUACCAUCUGCCAUUUCUGCCCAGUCCCGAACAGCAUGACUUUCACCAUUUGAAGUUCAAUCAGUGUUACGGUGUGCUGGGUGUGCUUGAUUGGUUGCACGGUACUAGUGAAAUGUUCCACCGCUCCAAACAGUUCAAGCGGGAUUACAUUCUAACAUCGCUGGAACCGGUGCGAGACACCCAUCCCGACCAAUAG